CCGCCCACCGCCGCGUUAUGAUGCUUCCCUUCGGAACACCCACGGCCCGGAAUCAAGACGAGCUUCUAGCUGCAGACACUUCUCCAAGGCGUAGCGGCCGCGGCGGCAGCGGCAAGAGCAGCAGCAGCAGCGGCGGGCAGCGCGGCGGCGACCGAGGAGGGGGCGGCGGGGCUUCCCCGGGCGGCCCGCAGCGAUGAUGCGCGGCGAACCCGCGUCGGCCGCCGCGCCGUCGCACGAGGGAGCCCCCCGCGAGCCGGAGGAGCCCGAGGAACCGGUGCAGUUGUUUCGGCCUUUCACGCGCGAGUCCCUAGCCGCCCAGGAGGCGCGCAUCGCCGAGGACGCUGCACGGAAGGCGCUGAUCGCCCAGCGCAUAGAAGAAGGCAUCCCGGCCGGCGACGACUACGUGCACCACUCGCGAGAGCACAGGGACGCCGAUCCGGACUUGGAAGCCGGCGGACCGCUGCCGAAGCGCAUCAUCAACGACUUCCCGCCCGAGCUCAUCGCCACGCCCAUCGAAGACAUCGACAAGUUCUACGAGAACAAGAGGACGUUCGUGGUCGUGAGCAAGAGCAAGGACAUCUUUCGGUUCAGCUCGACGAAUGCGCUGUUUCUGCUAAGCCCCUUCAACCCGGUCAGGAGACUGGCCAUCUGCAUCCUAGUGCACCCACUUUUCAGCUUCUUUGUCAUCGUAACCAUUCUCGUCAAUUGCGUCCUCAUGACCAUGCCCAGCAACGACAAAAUUGAACAAACGGAGACGAUAUUCACCACAAUAUACACGUUUGAAUCAUUUAUCAAAAUGAUGGCUCGAGGAUUUAUUCUAGAACAGUUUACAUAUCUUCGAGAUCCAUGGAAUUGGUUGGAUUUUGUUGUUAUUUCUCUAGCGUAUGUUACAAUGUUUGUUAAUUUGGGAAACCUGAGCGCCUUGCGAACCUUUCGUGUUCUCAGAGCCUUGAAAACCGUAGCCAUAGUUCCUGGUCUAAAGACUAUCGUCGGAGCCGUGAUAGAGUCUGUGAAAAACCUCAGGGAUGUGAUCAUUUUGACAAUGUUCUCACUGUCGGUUUUUGCCUUACUUGGAUUGCAAAUAUACAUGGGGGUACUGACGCAAAAAUGCGUACUCAUACCCCCAGCCAAUCUCUCAGAUGCUGAAUAUGCAAGUUUCAUCGAUAAUGAAACAAAUUGGGCUACUGAUGAUGAUGGCAUGCAUCCAUUGUGUGGCAAUUCGAGUGGUGCAAAGCAAUGUCAAGAGGGCUACAUGUGUAUCCAGGGUAUAGGAGAAAAUCCAGACUAUGGCUACACCAAUUUCGAUACUUUUGGUUGGGCAUUUCUUUCGGCAUUCAGGUUAAUGACACAAGAUGCUUGGGAAUUAUUGUAUCAAAUGGUGCUAAGAGCGGCGGGUCCCUGGCACAUGUGUUUUUUCGUGGUGAUAAUAUUCUUGGGCUCCUUCUAUCUAGUGAAUCUGAUCUUGGCUAUCGUAGCCAUGUCGUAUGACGAAUUACAAAAGAAGGCCGAAGAGGAGGCGGAGGAGGACCGCCUUCUCGAAGAAGCCAUGCGGGCCGAAGAGGAGGCCCGCGCCGAAUUGGCGGCCGGUGGUGGUCGGCCGCACGACACCGGCGACAACGGCCACGGCGGCGGUCAGGUGGUCAAGAGCCCCUCGGAGUUCUCGUGCCGCUCGUACGAGCUCUUCGUGGGUCAGGACCGGGGCGCUGAGGAUCCCAGGGACCUCCGGGAGCGGGCGAGCCUAAGGAGCGCAGACGCGGCUGCCGAGCAGCUAGACGACCUCUGCUACCCGGAGUCGCGGCCACGCUCCGCCGCCAACUCUAAGGUGCGGAAGAUAUUAGGGCGGCGUUAUAGCAGUCCCUUUGCCAGCCUGAGCCUACCCGGCUCGCCCUUUAACCUCCGUAGGGGCAGCCGCGGUAGUCAGCUGAGCGUGAGCUGGCGCAGUAACGGGCGUCGCCUGGGCGAUCGCAAGCCCCUCGUUCUGCAGACGUACCGGGACGCUCAGGAACACCUGCCGUAUGCCGACGACAGCAACGCCGUCACGCCCAUGUCCGAAGACAACGGCGCCAUCCUGCUGCCCAUGUACGCCAACCUGGCGUCGCGGCACUCCAGCUAUACGUCGCACUCGUCGCGCCUGUCGUACACGUCGCACGGCGGGGACGUCUUCUGCCGAGGGGGCGCCGCGGCGGCCGCGGGACCCGGCGCUGGUGGUGUGCUCACCAAGGAGAGCCAGCUGCGCUCGCGAUCGCGAAACCUGCAGGGAUGCUACUACUACGAGGAAAUGACUCUGGAUGGGGAGGAAUGUUUGGCUGUGAAGAAGCAACCGGACAACCCUUUUAUUGAGCCGUCGCAGAGGCAAGGCCUCGUAGAUAUGAAAGACGUGAUGGUGCUAAACGACAUCAUCGAGCAGGCCGCGGGGCGCCAGAGCAAAGCCAGUGAGAGAGUGUCCAUUUAUUAUUUCCCCACAGAAAGGGAGGAGCAGGAGAGGCCCAAGUUCAAAGACAAGUGCAUGGCCAAUUGCUUGAAGUGUAUAGACAUGUUCUGCGUGUGGGACUGCUGUUGGUACUGGAUCCGGAUCCAGGAGAUACUAGGACUCAUCGUGUUUGACCCGUUCAUGGAGCUAUUCAUCACUCUAUGCAUCGUGGUCAACACGCUAUUCAUGGCCAUGGACCAUCAUAACAUGGACCCAGACUUUGAUAAUGUCCUCAAGAAGGGGAAUUACUUCUUUACCGCGACAUUCGCGAUAGAAGCUGGAAUGAAGCUUAUGGCCAUGAGUCCAAAAAACUAUUUCCGCGAAGGCUGGAAUAUCUUCGAUUUCCUCAUCGUCGCGCUCUCCUUAAUUGAACUCAGUUUGGAAAACGUCCAAGGAUUGUCUGUGCUACGUUCUUUUCGUCUGCUACGUGUAUUCAAGCUAGCCAAAUCGUGGCCUACCCUUAACCUGCUCAUCUCUAUCAUGGGGAAAACCAUCGGUGCCCUCGGGAACUUGACCUUCGUCCUGGGAAUCAUCAUCUUCAUCUUCGCCGUGAUGGGAAUGCAACUCUUUGGCAAGAACUACGAAGAAAAUAAGCACAAGUUCAAAGAUAACCUGGUUCCUCGGUGGAACUUUGUUGACUUCAUGCAUUCGUUCAUGAUUGUGUUCCGGGUGUUGUGCGGGGAGUGGAUCCAGUCCAUGUGGGACUGCAUGUGGGUCUCUGGCUGGCCCUGCAUCCCCUUCUUUCUCGCUACGGUAGUCAUCGGGAACCUUGUGGUGCUCAACCUUUUCCUCGCCUUGCUGCUGUCCUCGUUCGGGGCGUCCAAUCUGUCUCAAGCGAAUCCUGACAGCGGCGACACUAAGAAAUUACAAGAAGCCAUUGACCGGUUUCACCGGGCCAGUCGAUGGAUCAAGUCCAACUCUAUGAAAGUUUUAAAGGCCUUUCGUCGGAAACCACGCAACCAGAUCGGGGACCAGACAACAGACAUUCGUGGUGGCGGCGCAGGCGAAGAGUUGGAGGCUGACCCGGGCGUCGCAAGAGAAGUGGUUCUCCUCGACGGCCGGGUGCCAAUGCGAGACAAAAAGCCCCAACACAACAACGACCUCGAGGUUGUCGUUGGGGACGGCCUCGAUAUCGCCAUUCAGGGUGAUGGCAAGGCCGUUAAAAUGAAGUUGAAAAACAACUCAAAGCCUGUGAUGAAUUCUGUUUGGGUGGGACCUAUGAUCGAGCCUAAGAACAAGCAGCUAGAGAAAGACAACAAGGAAAAGGAGAAAGAGGCGCAGGGUAAUAAGGUGUACCCGCAAAAGGACGAGGAUACCCUCAGCGAAAAGUCAGCGUCCAGCCCCAAGGAGAAGGCCCUCCUUGUGAACAAGCCGUCCAAAGACCUUAGCAACAGUUCCCUGUAUCUGGGGAAUAACCUCGAGGAGGAGAAGAAGGACGCCAGCAAAGAGGACCUCGGUACUAAGGAAGGAGAAGAAGCCCCCGCCGAAGAGCCCAUCAACCUGGACACGGAAGAUGUGGAUACAGACAAACUAGAAACGGCCACCUCGGACAUCAUCAUCCCCGAGUUGCCAGCCGACUGCUGCCCCGAUUGGUGCUAUACGCGCUUCGCCUUCGCUUGCUGUUACGACGAGAGCAAGGUAUUUUGGCAGCGCUACAAGAUCGUGCGCACCAAAGUGUUCGCGCUCGUGGAACACAAGUACUUCGAAACCAUCGUCGUCGUUCUCAUUCUCACCAGCAGCCUGGCGCUGGCGCUCGAAGACGUCAACUUGAAAGACCGACCUAUGCUCAAGGCUGUCCUCACAUACACGGACAAGUGCUUUACAGUGAUUUUUUUCUUCGAGAUGAUUCUCAAGUGGGUUGCCUUUGGCUUCAAGAAAUACUUCACCAAUGCCUGGUGCUGGCUGGAUUUUGUCAUCGUGCUCGUGUCAGUGGUCAAUCUAAUCGCGUCAGCGCUGGGGGCGGGCCGCAUCCAAGCCUUCAAGACGAUGCGGACGCUCAGAGCCCUGCGACCACUCCGGGCUCUGUCCCGGUUCCAGGGCAUGAGGGUUGUUGUCAACGCCCUGGUGCAAGCCAUCCCAGCCAUCUUCAACGUGCUGCUGGUGUGCCUCAUCUUUUGGCUCAUCUUCUCCAUCAUGGGCGUCCAGAUGCUGGCGGGAAAGUUCUACCGCUGCGUCGAUGCCAAUGGCACGCGGCUGAACAGCUCCUACAUCGCAAACCGCAAGGCAUGUGAAGCCAACAACUACACUUGGGACAACCCCAUGAUCAACUUCGACAACGUCCUCAACGCAUACUUGGCCCUCUUCCAAGUGGCAACGUUCAAAGGCUGGACGGAUAUUAUGGACAAUGCGAUCGACUCCAGAGGCGGAAAAGAGGACCAACCGGAAUACGAAGCUAACAUCUACAUGUACCUAUAUUUCGUAUUCUUCAUUAUCUUCGGCUCCUUCUUCACCUUGAAUCUAUUCAUCGGUGUAAUUAUCGACAAUUUCAAUGAACAGAAAAAGAAGGCGGGAGGAUCGUUGGAAAUGUUCAUGACAGAAGACCAAAAGAAAUACUAUAAUGCCAUGAAGAAAAUGGGAUCCAAAAAGCCAGCCAAGGCAAUUCCAAGGCCAAGGUUCAAAAUCCAAGCAAUGGUUUUCGACCUGACCACAAACAAAAUGUUCGACAUGGCGAUCAUGAUCUUCAUUGCCCUUAACAUGACGGUCAUGGCGCUUGACCAUUAUAAGCAAUCCAAGUUGUACGAGUCCAUCUUAGAGCGGCUCAACAUCUUCUUCAUCGCUGUCUUCACAGCCGAAUGCCUGCUCAAAAUAUUCGCCCUGCGCUGGCACUACUUUCGAGAACCAUGGAACAUGUUCGACUUCGUAGUCGUCAUCCUCUCUAUUCUAGGUACGGUGCUCAAGGACCUGAUCGCGGCCUACUUCGUGUCGCCUACGCUGCUGCGUGUGGUGCGCGUCGUGAAAGUGGGCCGUGUGCUGCGGCUGGUCAAGGGCGCGCGGGGCAUCCGGACCCUGCUGUUCGCCCUGGCCAUGUCAUUGCCGGCGCUGUUUAACAUCUGCCUGCUCCUGUUCCUUGUGAUGUUCAUCUACGCAAUCUUCGGCAUGUCCUUCUUCAUGCACGUGAAGCACCGCUACGGCGUCGACGAGAACUUUAACUUCGAGACCUUCGGCCAGUCGAUGAUACUGCUAUUCCAAAUGUGCACGUCAGCCGGCUGGGACGGCGUGCUGGCCGCCAUCAUGGACGAGCAUGACUGCAACCGGCCCACCGACGAAUCGGAGGGCAACUGCGGCAAGCGGGGCAUCGCGGUCGCCUACCUCGUCUCGUACCUCAUAAUCAGCUUCCUCGUCAUCAUCAACAUGUAUAUCGCCGUCAUACUCGAGAACUACAGUCAGGCCACCGAGGACGUGCAAGAGGGCCUGACCGACGACGACUACGACAUGUACUACGAGAUCUGGCAACAAUUCGAUCCAAAGGGCACCCAGUACGUGGCCUACUCCAACCUGACCAACUUUGUGAAUGCGCUGGAGGAGCCCCUGCAGAUACCCAAGCCCAACAAGUACAAGCUGAUCGCCCUGGACAUACCCAUCUGCAAGGACGACAUGGUGUACUGCGUCGACAUUCUGGACGCCCUCACUCGGGACUUCUUCGCCCGCAAGGGCCACGCCAUCGAGGAGCCACCCGAGAUCACCGAGACCGUCAUACACCUGGACCGGCCGGGCUACGAGCCGGUCAGUUCGACGCUAUGGCGCCAGCGCGAGGAGUACUGCGCCCGCGUCAUUCAGCGGGCCUGGCGCCGAUACAAGGGAGGCGGCGGCGGCGGGGACGACGCCGCCUCCGACGGGGAGCCUCCGACGGCGGCCGCCGCCCAGCAGCAGACGGCCAUAGUGGUGGACAGCGACGGUCACGUGACACGCAAUGGACACCGUGUGGUGCUGCACUCGCGUUCGCCCAGCGUCGCCAGCCGCUCGACGGACGUGUGACAAGAGUAGACGCCUGCCCGUCCGCACUCCGCGGGCGGCCAGGAUUCCCUCAACCCGCCGCUCUUCUCUCUCUAGCAUUGUUUAACUCAAGGGACUCAACUUUACAAUUAACUCCAAUUGCUACAUACCCUCGACGCAGCAGCACACCCUUUCUCUCUUCCUUCGGCGCACUUUACUGCAACAGGUCGCGUUGUGAGUGUGUGUGUCUUCUCUUUCUCUCCACUGCAUCCGGCCAACGUCGAUGAGAAAAAGCACCGUAGCUUUGGAACUGCCACUUCUGCAAUGCAGAAAAGAAGAAAAAAAUGCUUGCUGCGAUUUUGAAUUUUAAGACGAAGAUGAAGAAGAUGAAUAUAUAUAUAAAUAUAUAUAAAUAUAAAUAAUAUAUAUUAUACAUAUAUGUGUGGUGUAAAGAAAAAAAAAGAAGCGCUAGUUGCACCUGGAGGUGACCGGUGACCCUCUCUAUAGCGAGCAAAAGAUGCUGCACUCGCCAACAAUGUAUGCACACAAGGACCACGACGCGGGGCUGCUCUUGCAACCACCCGCGCCGGGACUCAGCCUCUCGUGAGAGGAGGACUGCUGCUGACGCCGCUGCCGCCGCCGCCGCCGCCGCUGCUGCCACCGCCGCGAUCUUUCUCUCUUCCAAGAAAAAAAAAAGAUUGAAAUGCCGCACGACGUGCACACCUGAUGAUGCGGCCUCCUUGCCGUUGCCGUCGCCGGACCCCUCGGGACUGCCCACCAACAGCGCGCGAGUGCGCGCCUCGUGCACCUUACUAACGCCGCUCGCCGCCAGAUGGGGCUGCUCGAUGUGGGCCGGACCGUCGCCGGCUGCGGCCAAGCCUGCUUGGACCUUAUGCGCACGCUCCGAGAGAAGAAAAAAAAAUCGGGGGAGGCCUCCCGUCGCGGGAAAUGCUCCUCUCCGGGUUUAAGGGAAACGCAUACAAUGCUCAGCACAACAAAGUUUGCUUUUUUGCCGUUAACACUCUACAUAACACAUAGUCUACUUAAUACAAGCUGAUACUUUGGCCGAGAGAGGGAGAGGAAAUUAAAAAAAAAUAGAGAGACAGCAAGCAGACCCGCCGCGAGCUCCCGCCGACGUCCGGGCCCACAGGCGCCGCUAGCGUGCGCUCAAGACAAAAAAAAGGCAUGUGUACAUAAGGUGUAUAUCUGCGAGGAAGGCUUGCUCCAGAAGCCGUUCACAAACAGAUUUUAUUUCCUAUGUGCCUUUAUGGGUUAAUACCUGCUUUUCAUUGACUGCAUCAGCUUUCAACCAUGCAACGAGUGUCCUGGUUUUUCUCUCUCUCGUUUUUCGUCCCGUUGCCGCGUCCUGCAAAGUUGUUAGCCAAGUGUUGUCGAGUUUUUUCAUCGGGACGUCUAAGGCGACUCCAGGAGCGUGCAUGCAAACAUAAGCCACCGCCAGCCAAGCUGUUCAUUUGCGUUAUUCACCUCUCCACUCCCCUCCCACGUUGCACGAGUGAGCCUACGCCCUCUUUCCUGCCUUGUGCCUGCUUCGGUGACAUGGGAUGCACUCUCCCGCACCCGCCUUUGCCUCAGGAGAGCAACAAUGAUCUUGGCCUGAGGAGCCGCGCUUAGGUGUAGCAAAACUCCUGCAGCGUGAGUUCGUUGUUUCAGCAGUGCAGGCGCCGUCAUUCUUUUUCUAUUUCUUUCUUAUUUUUUUUUUUUUUAGGAGAGAGCGAGGACGGAUCUAGUUCCACAGAGUCCAGGAGUACGUGCCGCAAAGCCUUGUCCAGCGACACAGAUGACAAACGCGCUGAAACCGUAUACAGUAAUCGCUUACUUGUUUUUUUUUCUUCUUUCGUUUUCAGCGAAGCCGCGCCACACCGUGACCGUACACGUAAAGCCCCGUCUCAAAAAGCGGAACAAAUGAGAAUAUAUAGAUAUAUUUCUCUCAAGCCUCUCGAAGGAAGGACCAAUACUCUACUUAACGUCCAUUGGCGCUAGACUUCGGAAGGCCGUCGCCAACUCGGCCCGGGAACGCAAUGAUCGCCGGUCCUCUCUCUCUCGCCCAUCUCGAGUUACCAUCCAACGGUUCGCCUUCUGCUGGCGCGCAACGCCCUACGAGCAGCUUUCGAUUCCGCUAUCGCGAGCAGCUGUCGGGCGUCGCCGUCGACACGUCUUUAGGCUGAUCACUAAUGCGCACUGUACCAGCGCAGCUAGGCGUCCCCGCGCGGCUCCUGAGGGAGCCAACAUCAUAGCCACGCCGUCAAAAAAGAGAAGAAAUACUCGCUUGUGCUUCAUCCAUCUCCAGGCAACAGUCGAUCGAGCAGACGCUUGACGCGGGCGAGUCAAUCGAGCAGAGGCUGUGGUGGCCGCGGCUCGCUCGUUGUGUGUGCAUGGAGCCGCGACUCUCCUCUCUGCAGCCUCCCGCUCGCUCGCUCGGUUUCCCGAGGUCUUCCUCGGGCAAAGCUCAACACGUAGCAAAUAACUAUUUUCUUUCGCGACAUCGCGCGCAAGCACGCCUCGUGCCAGCACGCGUCCGCUCAGAGUGCACUCGAACGAGGCAGGGCUUUCACGCUUUUAUUUAAUACACAUCUAUGCCGCAGGGCUGAGCUGCUCGAAAGAAAGAAAAAGUUCAUCAUCGCGAUGGCGUUUUUUUUUUCUUCUGUUUUUUCCAGGCGUGCUAACCCUGUUUCCAACAUUUUCUUCCCGAGCAUUCCGUACACGCUAAAGUAACGUCUUGCCUCGGUCAAAUGAAUACAGCAUGGCAAGGCGUAUAGCGAUGACAAGUCGUGCUCACUUAACGCUGCACCCUGUGUUGCCGAUCCGGAUGUCACAUGCGGUUAACUCCAUUUAUGUAGCAUCUACGUACGGCAUGCCAUCAGCGCCUCCGCCAAGGGCUCAAAUUUUGUUUGUUGCUUUAGAUAAGUUUUACCCUGGUUCCACUGGUCCUAUCCUAUGAUGUCCCGGUACUACAUAUAUUUUAUCCCCGCUUCAGACUCGCUGUUAUCGCAAUGCGUUGCAACGUCGUCGGCGUUUACUUAACCGGCGGAUGUAAAACAAUUGGCUUUGGUGUAUGCUAUAGUAGGCGCAGCGUUAAAAGCGCUCUGGGUGUUUGCUAUUAAGCUCGCGGCAAAGGCCUGACAUUCACUUUUAUUUUCCUCGUGAAAGGGAAAAGUACGAAGCAGCUUACACUAUGUAUGCAGCCUUCGGCAGUCGCUGCCGAGCUUAAGUCCUUCCAGUAUAUAGCUAACCUAUUUCGGCUGUGCUAACAGAAAAAAAAAUCAUGUCUUGAAAGCGACCAGAGCAAUUCAGCGUUCGCAAAUUCGUACUGUAUAGCGAAAGAGCUUCUCGGCACUGUGAUUACCACUGUUUCCUUAAGAAUCGGAAGAAGAAAAAAAAAACUGAUCUUUCCCUGUCAUUUUCAACGCUACAUAAUCAUGCUGCGGCUGGGUUUGCAGCGACCUUACACCCAUACUUAGUCGUCGUAGAAGCUCUUUGUUGACCCUACAGGGAAGUCAGUCGCUGUGCGGAGCUGCACUAUAUAACUUGAGAGAGAGAGGGAGAAUUUAUUGGAAGGAAGGCAAAGAGGUCGGCUUGAGCUAGCGUGCUCUAGCCUGCUACCCUUUAUAACUUGGUCUCUGUCGAAUGCGCCUUAGGAGUAACAGGGGCAGAUUUCGACGCAGCCCGUAUAUGAGAGGCAGUCGAAGCGGUUCUUAUGAAUAUCAACUUGCUGCCCUUGUAGAUCGCAACGUUCUCACCAGUCGCUUCUCGACGGUAAAGAUGAAAGAAAAGCCGAAGAUGAGCACAAACCAAAGACAUCCACAUAAGUGUUAAUUAUAUUUACACUAGCAUAAUCUCAAAGCUUUCCGGGUACUUAUUGCAGCCUUUAAACUUGUCAUACGAAACCGUGAACCCGCUGAUAUGACGCUAAAUCGAUUCGCUAUAGUUUCCUGGCGAAAAGUUUCGUGAUUCGUGAUUUCGAAGUCGCAAGGCGUGAGACAUGAAAGGCGGCGCUUCGGUUUUGCGUACCGGCAGUGUCUGUGCAACAACAGUACCGCAAAAGUAUUAAUCAAGAAACAUAGUAAAAUCAGAGUCGUCCGGUGAAAAUGCCUCCACAAAAAAUGGAGUUAAACCAGGUGGCUAAGUAUAAACGCCCCGUUUGUUUCGAACAGUGGCGUAGCCAGGCGAGGGAAGGAGGGUGUGUCCACCGGGCUUUCCCCCCCCCUCCCCGAAAUUUUUCCGGCCGGCGCCCUGCUCCCGCUUUUAUGUCUGGCACGUCGCCUAUGAACAAAGGCGCAUAUCCUUCGAACGCCCGCCCUAGACAAGUACAGGAUGGUACACACCUUCAAGCAGACAAAUGGCUUGCUCAAGGUAAUAGUUGUAUUAUAUGCACCAAGCAUGGGAAACUUAACAGUGAAUAAUGGAACCUUAGCUCCCACGCACCCGAAAAAGAAAUCCUGGCUACGCGCCUGGUUUCGAAUAGAACCAUCCGUGACCGAAACGUCUCGGCAUUCUCUUGUGUAGCAAUGAAAGCGCUAACGAUUGGAAAACCACAGUUUUGUGUAGAUACGUCGGCCCUACACCGUGACUUCCACGUUUUCUCUGACACAGUGGGUACAUACGCCAGCAUAGGCUGCCGUUUUACGAGGCAUUCCGUGGUAGCGUAAGAAUUACUGAUUUGAAUAUUUUUAACAACACAAAGCAGCAAACGUCUACCUUUCACAUGGAAAUGUAAUUGGUUUAUAAAGGUCAAAAAAGCAUGCAUCUCGACAUAGCCGCGUUUAUCGAGUAGCAGAUCAAACGUAAGGACCGAACGAACUGUCCGAGGCAGGCAGAAAGGUAGGCUCUAGCGACGCCUCCUAUAUGUGAAGGCGCUGGCUCUACCUCGCUCCUCCCCGCCCUCUCCCUCAAAGCCACCUCCCUAGCCAUCCUGUCUGCUGUUUCCCGUCUCCACUUCCGACAUUUGGGUAGUUUGGGAUUGACAGCAUGCCCCCUCCCCCCACCCCCCUUGCGUUUUGUUCUAUAGUGCGGCGGGCUCGCCUCCUGCUGUGUUGUUAACGAGGCUGCAUCGCGAAGGUUGUAUACUGCUUCCAUGGUUUUAAAAUACAUAUAUAUUAUAUAUAUAUAGCACUUGUGCGUUUGCAAUGACAAGUGUUGGCCACACGCAACAAUGCGUUUUUUGCUAUCUGCAAUUUUAUUGUAUCUGUUUCUGUUUUGCUCCUUGUGUACCGCGGAAAAACUCACGCUGUGCAUCAAGUGAAUGAAUGCAAUGUAAAAAAAAAAAAGGUGAAAAGGAAGCGAGCGAGCGAGAGAGAGAGAGAAAAAUACAGCUGGGCUACUGCAAACAAUGGUGGCACGUUUCUAGGUAGGCUGUUUUCACACAUACACAGAGAGACACGCAUGCGCGCGUGCUGUUGAACAUCGUUUUUUUUUUUUUUUCACCUCCCUUUGCCCAGCUCGAAGCACCAUUGCUUUCGGUUGCUCUAUCACGGCUGUGGCUAAGUGAUGCCAUGCACACAAAAGAAAAAACGAGCGCAACGUGCUUUUUUUACUUGUUGUCAUUGGCUCCUCUCUCUUUUUCGUCCUCCAGUCUGCAACGACAGAUCCCACCCACCUGCCACCACCGCAUAUUGUCGUUCCCUGUUAUCAUGGCGCACAUUGUCACUUUUUCGCAAAACGCGAGGGCAAAUAGUGUGAACUUUUGACUCGAGCCCGCUGAUGGUUGUGUCUUUCUCACUUAUUAAGAACCGGUUACAUCCCCUUGUCCCCUGUUUGUCCCCUACACAAUCCCAAAAGAGAGUAUAUCGCGCCGACCCAACCCAUAUACUUCAUUUAUGUUGCCAUCCCAUGCACCUAUUUCACCAUCCUUGUAAGCUUUUUCGUUUGGCGUUUCUUCAGCAAAAGAAGAGUAAGAAGAAGAAAAAAAACAAAGUGCUACAAAUCACUUUAUUCCAUCACGGAAUGCAUGGCAAGGUGUGCGCCUACGGACAGAUCGCGCUUCAUACGUUUGUUCCGUUCUUUUGAGAGCCUGUAAACAUACAAGCCGCUCUUUUUUCGGCAAGCCAUAAAGCUAGAAAAAAGAAGAGACUGAGCGAGAGAAAGGAGAUGAAAGAUGCGAAAAAUGGGUUCGGACCAGCAUCGCCCACCAUGCUCGAGAUAACAAUGAGAGUGAGAAACACGCGAAAAAAGAAGUAUGGUUGUGCGCAACGCCGCGAAUGGUGGGCGAUGUCUAUAUAUGUGAAAGCAAAUGAAAGAGAGAGAGACAGAGCGAGAGAGAGAGAGAGUUAUGUAUGUAUACGAAGGGCAGCAGCGACCGCUAACGGUUGAUUAUCUGACUCAGACACACAAAUUGUUCCGCACAAAAUGUAAGCCACUUUUCUCACACACUCGCGAGCGCGCUGUCAACGUCUCUCUCUCUCCAUGCGUCGUCUUUUUGCAAAAAAACGCGGACGCUUAGACGUAGUGUACAAGAAUUUCCAUGCUAUAGGACUGAGCAGCUAUGACCUAGAGAACGUUGAGGGUCUUUUUCUGACUAACACUUAGGAUCAAACGGCGAGUGCAUGUGCUUCGGUUGUCUUCUCUCCGAAAGAGAGAGAGUGAGGGGAUAGCCCAUGAACGUGCGGCCCCCUCCUCUUGCCCCCCAUCAACCUAAUACUCUCUCCCUCUUCCGUUUAACCACCAGCGCCCUCACGACGUUUCUUCCCGUUGCAAGUUUGGGCGCUGCCGUAAAGGUUUCUUUUUCUUUUUUUUUCGGAGCCACCGCCAUCGCCGCUACCGAUAGUGAGAAGAUACUUUUUAUUUUCUUUCUCUCUUUCUUUUUUUAAUCUAAGACAGUUCAUUUUUUCGCAGCAGUUCGCCGUUUCGUGCGCAGCUUAUGGUUUCCACGUUGUUGUUGGCCGUCUCGGCUUAUAUAGAGAGAGCGAUACUGUUACACGGUAUACAGACGGUUUAGGAUUCUGCGGUACGCAGAGCUCCAAAGAGAAGUUAUUAUUAUGAGGAACGUUAACUGCCGUUACGCUGCGCCUCUGUUGAAAGCAGCGUGACACGAGGGGUGAAUGUAGUUAUUUGUUUUGCUUGCGAUUUUGAGAGGAGGCUUACGAUACUUGCAACUGGCCUUAACCGCGAGUGCUAUUCGGUCUACCUGUGCCACGGCGCUCUUUGGGAAAAGUUGAGGGAUGAUCUUGAGCUACAUACUCUGCACGGCGCGCUACUGCCUGCUCAGACGUGACCGUUUCAACGAAGACACAGUUACGCCGCUACCCGACACGUGUGUGCUAUCGCAAGCCGCGUUUCAAAUGGUGCUGUUAAGUACGGAGAUGCAAAUGAUCUUUGCAGUGCAGCCGUCAUGGCCGAAAAAGGGCAUGUGCGUCUGCAUGUUUCGUAAGCGGUAGCUGCUCACUGUAGUUGUCUUGUGAAUUCGCUUUUUUUUUUUACGCUUCAUGACACCUUGGAAGCUACUUCUUACCUUUUGCACUUUUACUUCUGGUCCGAUAAAGCAAUAUUUGUUAUGAAAGACCAUUGAUCGUUAAAGCACGCAUACAGCGCAUGUUUACCAGCGCGUUGACUACUAUAUGCACGUUAGCACGUUAACCAGCGUGCAUCGAUGUUUGCCAAAGAAAGGCACUGUCGUGUAUUCUGCAAGGCCGACGCCUUUUUCUGUGUGCAAGGCAACCCUGCGCUGUAGACACUGUUUGUUUCUUUUGCCACGGACGUACGUGCUACGGGCGCAAUUUAAUGAUAACAAGAGCGCGCUAUCUUUAAGCUCCCAAUGCAGUCCCCGUCAGCUGAUAACAACGUGGCCGUUGACACAUUGUUAGUUCGUUGAUCGUUGUCUUUGCCUCGUGAUAAGAGAAGCAAGGCGUUAAUGUUAAUGUUGAAGAGACAACCUUCACGGAAAAGACUCCCGUAGUUAUAGCGUAGAGCAGGAACUCCCUUCGCUGCGACGCCCAGCGCAGGUCCGCGCAUCGUGCCUUGCCCUGAACUUCCCUGCCCACUUUAGAAACAAUACUUUUGUCAGUGUGUAUGUGUGUGUGUGCGUUCAAACGUCAGCAGAGGUGUCGCUAGACCCCUGUCCGAGAAAUGUCCCUGACACGCGGAUUUAAGCAAAUGUCAUUUUACUUAAGCGAGUUUGUAGAGGUCUAACUGCCGGAAGCACCAUUUACGAGAUGUUGAAGCUGCAAUGCUUUUGACAACUGCUGACGGACUUGCAGUGUCGGUUGCUUUCCUCCGCUUCCUAGUCGAUUUUCGAACACUGCUUCUCCAAAGCGAACUAAAGUCUGUGAAGUGACAUUUAACUUUGCUCGUGUAAUUGGGGCUCAAGUCAUUUGCGAGAACGUUUCUUUUUCACCGAACCACUUCACCGCGCCUCUAAACGGUCGCGAGAGGAUGAUCCUUGCUGGACGGUGAAUAACUGUGGACAGGGCCACUGAGUCACCAGCAAGAAUGAUAUCGUUUCUGAACACUCACUUGUUCAGUGUUGCAUUCCGUUGGUGCUGACGCGGAACGUCUGAACGAGUACCAAGCGAACGCAUGCGCACAGGCAGACCGAAUGAUCCGCUACAGGUUAUAAUUGGCCAGCAUUCACGGAAGUAAAGCAGAGCCUACGCGUUGACUGCGAACCAAAAAGUAAUAAUAAUGAACAAUAAUAACAAUAAACAGACAAUUGCUCUCGAUAUUAGUGAUCCAUGAAUUGUGGUCUCGUCACCUGUUUUGUUUUGUCCACGAUGAGUUUUGUUCGCCGUACGACUCGAGUCAGGUCGUGAGCGUAGCGUCGACUGUUCUAUAGGGUUGCAGGCCAGUUGUUCGCUCGAUGACUAGACAGAAUAAUAUGUGAGCGAGCGCCCGUCUAAAGAAAGAGCUGCUAUGAAUCGGCAAAACACAGAUGAAAGUUCAUUUAAAAAGAUGUUACUUCCUUUAAGGACGUCCCGCUGGAUCAUUCAUCCGUUUUUUGUUUAUCUUCGAUAGUUUCAUAAUCGAGACAAUUUUCAGGGGGUGCGGAAAACAAGUCCUAGCUGAAAUUGGCGGCAUAGUACGGCCGAAAGGAGAGAUAAAAAAUAUGAAUGUUCCCUUUCCCUCCUCCGACCUCCUCUCAGCAUGUUUUUCUUCCCUUUCCGAAGCCCGUUUCAUUCCCCCCUCUUAUUUACGAGCGAAACAGCAGAGAAAAGCUAACAAUUAAGACCGUUACCUCUCUGGAUAUAAGGACGGGGAAAAAAGCAACACUCACUUAAGCCUUUUAAGCUUGUACUUACUUUGUAAGAUGUUUUCAACUUCACAAUUUGUACCACAUUUCCUGUAAAUACAUCAUUGAAUAAAUUUUUAAUAAUUUAUCACAACAGAA